GAGUGAGAGUCACAAGUUCGCUUCGGUUGUAUGCAAUGCGGACACGGAAAGGCACAGGGCUGUUUGUGAUGGCCGUGUCUCAGUGGAUGUUCUGUGCUGCAGUGCUGCUCCUCCUCAUCCAGGGGCUCCAGUGUUCUCCCACUCCCCCUGCUUGUCCUGAGCCCUGCCUUUGUCAGAGAGGUCUGCUAAACUGUUCCUCCAUUGGCCUUUCCCAGGCCCAACAACAUAUUCCAUCCACUGUCACUGAACUAGAUCUAUCCCACAACCUGCUGAACUCCCUUACCCCCUCGUGGCCAAGUUGGGGGCUUAAGAAUCUAUGGCUUGGACACAACAGCAUCACACACCUGUCUCUGUGUGUUCGGAGGACCUGGAGGGGUAAACAUUGGAAAGUCCCCCUCUCACAUAGCAGAGGGAGAUGUGUGUCCUGGGCCCCGGCUCUGCAGCUGCUGUCUGCUGAGAUGAACCAGCUAGAGAUGAUCCCUGAGGGCCUGGGAGGCAGUGAGUUGCUACAGGUGCUGCAGCUCUCCCACAACAGGAUCUCUGACCUGCGACCUGGAGACCUGAGCAGGUGCCCCCUUCUGAGAGAGCUCCACCUGCAGCACAACCGUAUCUCCAGCCUCCACCCACUGGCACUCAGGGACCUGCCGGAGCUCAGGGUCCUGGAUCUGAGCUUCAACUUGUUGACCACGAUCACUCCAUCAGCCUACCUGUCGCUGCGUAAACUGAAUGCCCUGGUGGAGGUGAGUGGGAACAGGUGGAGGUGUGACUGCAGCCUGCGGAGCUUGAGGAGGAAGAUGACCUACGACAGGGACAGGGCCCUGCAGCAGACCUGGAGGGGGGUGAUGUGUUCCUCCCCCUCCACCCACGCAGGUAGAGACCUGUUACACCUGGAGGACAGUGACCUCACCUGCUCUACUGCUGAGAACAGGGUGGGGCUCCACCAGGAUGUGACAGCGGAUAAAGGGACAGAGAUCCUGCUGCCCUGUGGCUCUUCAAAGCAAGAUUCAACAUGGUGGACGCCCAAUGGACAAGUUCCUGGGAGCCAGGCAGGCCUGCUGAUCAGUGAUAUCACAGAGCGAGAUGCAGGACUGUACGUGUGCGUCUCUGGGCCAGACGAGGAGUCUGUGUCUGUAUUCGACCUGCGCGUUCACAAGACACAGAGGAAAACCAGAGACACUAGGAGUUUACACAGGGAGCGGCUACAGAUUAACCCAGAGUUAGGCAGCAUCCAGAGGGAAGGUCAGGAGACAGACCUGAACUCUCUAGGCCUCCACAGGGCUAUCCAGAGAACACAGUCUGACCUGGUCCUGGCUGUCUGCCUGUCUGUGUUCAUCACCUUCCUGGUAGCAUUUGUACUUGGUGCUCUGACCAGACCUCUCCUGGACGCUCUCUGGAGGAGGUGCUGUAGGUGCUGUAACCGUACCAAGCAAAGCCCCUCCCCACCCGAGUCGGUCUCCUAUGCUGGGCGGGCCCCCUACGACAACGAGGCCUAUUCAGAUGAGGAGGAGCAGGAGGAACUAGGGACACACAGGGAGAGGAGAGUGACAUUUAGCGGCCAUCCUUCAGAACUAAGGGAUCAGAAUAGCAUUCCAUACUAUGAUACUGUGGCCAAUGGCAGACAGGACAACCUUGUUGGGGAAUAUGAUGCAACAUAUGAGAAUGUUCAGGAGAAGGAUACCUCACACCCCUCCCUUGAGGUCUAUCACCCGCCUGAGGAGGAGAAGCCUAGGGCACGGGACUCAGUCAGCUCAGGAAGCUCCCAACAUGACAGCCCAGAGACAGACACUCACAGUAGAGACAGAGACCUCUCUGAUAUCUCUCUGGGUGAACCACAAGGGGGCGCUUACCCAGUCCAUACCCACGGCAUGGAGUUUAAAUCCAUCCCUGACCCAGAUGAGUUGCAGGGGUGUCGAAGCUCAUCUGUGUCUUCACACUCUGACCAGGACAGUCCAGAUAGGGGUCAGGAUAUGGACUGGCCCAAAGACAAUUUGGCUCAGAGAUUGGAGGAGGCGCACAAGACCCGGAAUAAUCCCUGGGAGCCUCAAUCCCCCCAGAAGGAAGACGACUCCUUUGAGCGGAGUUCAGAUUUACCUACGGUUAAACCAGUUGAUGUGCCACAGAUCAAUAUUGGCAGAGUGGGUGAGAUCCCUGGAUUUACCGCUGAGCCCUUUGCUGAUUGGAAAUCAAACAUGGCAGAUCCCAACCCAAUGGAUCCUGAGCUGUGGAACGACAGCGGAGAGAGCUUUGAGUUCCCUGAUUCCAUCCGAAGUGCAUCGGCACGGUCCAGUAGUCAAGAUCUCUCAGGUUCUGCUUUUGCCGAUCAGUUGAGAAAAGAGUAUGAACAAGCGCAGAAUAAAGAAACGCUUGUAAAAGACCAGAGGGAGAAUGAUAAGUCUAGCUCCAGCAGCUCAAGUGACAGUGGCAAUGAACCUACAGAGUACACUGUGAACCCAGAGACGGAGGUAGUGAAGGAGAAGGAGAUUGUCCAGGAUGCACUGCUUACACAUGAUAGCACCCCAGACCCUGCUGCAGUGAACCCCUAUCUCAAACAUGAUGUCAGUUCGGAUACGCAGCACUAUAAGGACCCAGUCAGUCCCUCUCCAGAUGAGGAAGGAUUUAAUGUGAGUGAACUGAGACAGAAAGUUCAACGCUCUCCUGUGUUUUCAGAGCACUCUGAUUCGUCCAGUGAUUGUAGGGAUGAACCCACAAAGUACACAGUAAACAAGGAGAGCGAUGAGGAAGAGGAGGAUGAAGCUCAAGUCCCAGAUGUCACACACAAAGAUCCAUCUCUCAGUCUUGGAGAUAUUAAUGUAUCUUUGGCCCCAAGGAAAGCUCUCAAUAUUGGCUUCUCCAAGGAGGGUUUUCAAUAUCAACCAGAGCCUGAGACCAGGUCGACUGGCUUGGAUCUAACCACCCAGAGUGCAAUCAGCACAAAGGAGCCCCUUCCCCAACCUUCAUUGCCCUCAGAUGUGGCAAGGGUUGAAGACCCACCAGUUUCAGUCUACAUCCCCAGACUCAGUAAGCGUCUAGAUAUCCAGCCUCCUCAGAAAGCUUCACCUGCUCCCCCAAAAACACCACCAACCUCUGAAUCCUCUUCCAGCAGUGAGAGUAAAGAUGAGACUACAGAUAACUCAGUGAAACUUGACAGAGAGGUCCCAGAUGUCUCACAUAAUAAUUCAUUUCUCAGUCUUGGAGACAUUAAUGUCUCUUUGGCGCCAAGGAAAGCUCUCAAUAUCGGCUUCUCCAAGCAAGGUUUUCACUAUCAACCAGAGCCUGAAAACAGGUCGACUGGCUUGGGUCUUUCUUUCCAGAGUGCCAUCACCCCAAAGGAGCCUUCAUUGCCCUCAGACGGGACAACGGCUGGAGAGUCUCCAGCUCCAUUCUAUAUCCCCAGCCUCAGGAGACGUCUGGAUAUUCAGCCUCCUCAGGACACUCCACUUGCUGCUCCACAAACACCACCACCCUCUGGUUCACCCUCUUCCAGCAGUGAGAGUGAGGAUGAGACUACAAUUAAUCAGAAGAGAGAGGAGAUAGCUAAGGUCCCAGAUUCAUCUUUCAUUCCCGCAGGCAUUGAUGUCUCUUUUGCUCCAAGGAAAGCACUCAAUAUUGGCUUCUCCAAGGAGGGUUUUCAAUAUCAAUCAGAGCCAAAUUCGUCUGGCAUGGGCCUAACCUCCCAGAUUGCCAUCAGUACAAAGCAACCCCUUCCCAAAUCUUCAAUUCCCUCAGAUGGGACAAGGGAUGAAGAGUCUCUAGUUCCACUCUAUAUCCCCAGAUUCAGGAGACAUGUGGAUAUUCAGCCUCCUCAGGAGACUCCACCUGCUGCCCCACGAACACCACCACCCUCUGGUUCGUCCUCUUCCAGCAGUGAGAGUAAGGAACUUGACAGAGAGGUCCCAGAUGUCACACACAAGGAUCCAUUUCUCAGUCUUGGAGACAUUAAUGUCUCUAUAGCCCCAAGGAAAGCUCUCAAUAUCGGCUUCUCCAAGGAGGGUUUUCAAUAUCAACCAGAGCCUGAGACAAGGUCGCCUAGCUUGGGUCUCUCCUCUCAGAGUGCUAUCACCCCAAAGGAGCCGCUUCCCCAAAAUCGAUUGCCAGGAGGGACAAGGGCUGGAGAGUCUCCACUCGAUAUCCCCAGCCUCAGGAGACGUUUAGAUAUUCAGGCCCCUCAGGAAACUCCACCUGCUUCCCCAGGUUCACGCCCACCUGCUGGUUCAUCCUCUUCUAGCAGUGAAAGUGAGGAUGAGACUACAAUUAAUCAAAAAAGAGAAGAGAAAGCUAAGGUCCCCGAUUCAUCUUUCAUUCCCACAGGCAUUGAUGUCUCUUUUGCUCCAAGGAAAGCACUCAAUAUUGGCUUCUCCAAGGAGGGUUUUCAAUAUCAAUCAGAGCCAAGUUUGACUGGCAUGGGUCUAUCCUCCCAGAUUGCCAUCAGUACAAAGGAGCCCCUUCCCAAAUCUUCAAUUCCCUCAGAUGGGACAAGGGAUGAAGAGUCUCUAGUUCCACUCUAUAUCCCCAGAUUCAGGAGACAUGUGGAUAUUCAGCCUCCUCAGGAGACUCCACCUGCUGCCCCACGAACACCACCACCCUCUGGUUCAUCCUCUUCCAGCAGUGAGAGUAAGGAACUUGACAGAGAGGUCCCAGAUGUCACACACAAGGAUCCAUUUCUCAGUCUUGGAGACAUUAAUGUCUCUAUAGCCCCAAGGAAAGCUCUCAAUAUCGGCUUCUCCAAGGAGGGUUUUAAAUAUCAACCAGAGCCUGAGACAAGGUCGCCUAGCUUGGGUCUCUCCUCUCAGAGUGCUAUCACCCCAAAGGAGCCGCUUCCCCAAAAUCGAUUGCCAGAAGGGACAAGGGCUGGAGAGUGUCCACUCGAUAUCCCCAGCCUCAGAAGACGUUUAGAUAUUCAGGCCCCUCAGGAAACUCCACCUGCUUCCCCAGGUUCACGCCCACCUGCUGGUUCAUCCUCUCCUAGCAGUGAAAGUGAGGAUGAGACUACAAUUAAUCAAAAAAGAGAAGAGAAAGCUAAGGUCCCAGAUUCAUCUUUCAUUCCCGCAGGCAUUGAUGUCUCUUUUGCUCCAAGGAAAGCACUCAAUAUUGGCUUCUCCAAGGAGGGUUUUCAAUAUCAAUCAGACCCAAGUUUGACUGGCAUGGGUCUAACCUCCCAGAGUGCCAUCAGUACAAAAAAGCACCUUCCCAAAUCUUCAAUUCCCUCAGAUGGGACAAAGGAUGAAGAGUCUCUAGUUCCACUCUAUAUCCCCAGAUUCAGGAGACAUGUGGAUAUUCAGCCUCCUCAGGAGACUCCACCUGCUGCCCCACAAACACCACCACCCUCUGGUUCACCCUCUUCCAGCAGUGAGAGUGAAGAUGAGACUACAAUGAACCAAAAAAGAGAAGAGGAGAAAGCUAAGGUCCCUGAAGUCACAUAUAAGUAUCCAUCUCUCAGUCCUGGAGACACACCCAUUAAUGUCUCUUUUGUUCCAAGGAAAGCUCUCAAUAUUGGCUUCUCCAAGGAGAGUUUUCAAUAUCAAUCAUCAGAGUCAAAGUAUGAGAGUAUCACCACCACAAAUGAUAGAGGCUUUCAGGAAGACACCAAGCCUGCUCCCAAACUGUCUUUGCCCAAAACAUCAAGCCUUUCCUCCGCCUCCUCAGACAGGGCGAGAGCUGAGGAGCCACCAGUUCCACUCUACAUUCCUGGACUCCGGAGGCAUCAGAAUAUCCAGCCCUCUCAGGAUGCUCCACUUGCCAAAUCGUCCUCUGCUAGCAGUGAGAAUGGAGAUGAGCUUACAGAACACACAAAGAAACCAGGGAGAGACGUCACAGAUUUCUCGCUCAGUCCUGGGGACACACCCAUUAAUGUCUCCUUCACCCCAAGAACUGCUCUCAAUAUCGGCCUUUACAACCCAGCCAGUACCACAGAUGAGGUAGAGAGGAAGACCGGAGCAGAGGACAGGUGGGAUAGGCCAGGGCUUGGUGGUCUGAAGGCGCUGUCAGAGACACAAAGGUGGGACACAAAGGACAGUUCUACAAACAUGAAUGUUUCUUUCUCUCAAAUGAGUGCUCUCAAUAUCAACUCAGACAGCAGCACAGAUGAGGUGGGCAGGAGAGCCAUAGCAGACUACAGCAGCCCCAUUCUAGAGGGCACCAUUAGCAGAAAGGACGGAGGCUUUGAGGAAGAAACCAAUCCCUCUCUCAAACUGUCUUUGCCUAAAACAUCACGCUUUUUCUCCACUUCCACUGAUGAGGCGAGGCAUAGAGAGUCUCCACUCCAAAUCCCCCGCCAUAGGAGGCGUCUAGUUGUAGACAUUCAGCCCCCCCUGGCUCCACCUGCUGCCCCAGGAACACCAUCACCUUUCCCAGAGGGAGAAGAGGCAGCUGGUUCUGGAUGGAAGAGCAGGGGACAACAGAGGAGGAGAGCCAUGGAUGGAUUUGGCCGUACCGCCAUGACACAGGGAGAUGAGGGAGAGAGGAGCUAUAUGGGGUUAUUGGCUGCUAAACCAUUCGGCACAGCUCGUCAGUAUCAGAGCAUUACCUCAGAGACCAUUAUGACCACACAGCAUAGUGAGAUCUCUGAGAGGGAUGGUUCUGACCUGACCUUCUCCACUGUGAGACACAGUGAGGCUUAAGACCGACUGUAUUUGUUUGUGCUGAUUUAAGAAAGGUUGCAUUUAAUAUUGAGAAAAACGCAGCAGAUGACAAAGAGAUCAGAUGUUGGAUAUGAGUAAUUUGUGCUGUAAAACAAGACAUGUUUAUCGUAAUGAAAAUAGCUGUUUAUAUGACUUUGAAUGAUAUAAUAGACUGAGGGAUUGUAAAGGUGGGAGCAUUAAACACUAUUUUAAUUUCCCAGAUUCUCGUCCUUACCUACCUUACUCGAUACACAAAUCCCCUUUUUCUUUUGCUACAAAAAAGAUCUUCCUGACUGCCUCCUCCACAUGAUGUGUAUGUACAGACUGGUCUCAUAGACUAGACGUAGCAUAGUAAAUGUAAAUCCGGGACACUCAAAUGAGUA